GUGAGCCAGUCGGGCACAUCCUGCACGAUCUCAUAGUGUCGGAGCCGCGAUCGGAGCUGGAGCCAUUCGUUCUCCCGGCGAUGGCGCGACUUCCUGUUGUCGUGGCUGUGCUCGUCGCUGCUUUAGCGGCAAACCAAGUCGAGAUUGACGGGCGGACUUUCGAUUCGGGAAUGGACUCGUGGAGACGCUUCAAGUCAAAUAUUCCGUCAAGUAUUCGAAAUAAACGCAAUGUUAUACCUGACAAAAAUACGCAAUUGCCCAGUAAGGCUUACCAAACGUGCAUAGCGCCGGGCAGUAGACCCGGACACUGCAAACAUCUGUCCAGCUGCGGAGACGACGGCAUCCGAUUCAAUUUCCCCCGCUUGAUGAACUACAUGUGCGUGAUUGAGAAUCAAUUCGUAGGGAUCUGCUGCCCGGACGACGCGCCCAACGAUCCUAACAGAAGAGAUGCACUACCCGCGGGAGGUUUGGCCGGCUCUUUACCCGCUGUCGCAACCGACGGGGACGAGACGCUGAUGAUGCCUGGUGAGACCGGCAGGAGGGUCCGGGCGUCGCGUGGCUGCGGGCUCAGCACCCGUGAUCAGAGUCGCGUCUCCGGCGGCCGACCCACGAGCUCCCGAGAGUGGCCUUGGAUCGCGGCCCUCCUCACCAAGAGCGAGCAGUUCUGCGGGGGCGUCCUUAUCACCGACCGGCACGUGCUGACCGCCGCCCACUGCGUUCAUCGGAAACUUCCGCGAGAUAUAACAAUUCGACUAGGGGAGUACGACUUGCGAUAUCGUAACGAAACGCGGGCGUUAGACUUCAAAGUCAUUGAAAUUCGCAUCCACGCCGGAUACGUAUCGACUACUUAUAAACACGACAUCGCCAUUUUGAAGAUCAAUCGUCCGACAAUAUUCAAUACCUACAUAUGGCCGGUUUGUUUGCCACCAAUCGGCGCAGCUUUUGAAAAUAAACAGGCUACUGUUAUCGGAUGGGGCACCACUACAUAUGGCGGCGCUUUCAGUUACAUUCUCAUGGAAGUUAAUGUGCCGAUUUGGCCACAAGAUAAAUGCGUCACGAGGUUCACGCAGGAAAUAACUACGAAUCAUAUAUGUGCCGGGGCUUACGAUGGUAAUGGAGACGCCUGUCAGGGAGAUUCUGGUGGACCACUGAUGCAUCAGUUGAAGAACGGUCGCUGGGUGAACAUCGGCAUCGUAUCCUGGGGCAUCGGUUGCGGUGUGCCCGGUAGACCCGGUAUUUAUACGCGUGUCAAUACAUACCUCGAUUGGAUAUUCGCCAACGCCGUAUUUUGAGAUCUGCCAAAGUGAUGUUAUGUAUUGCAUAAUGUGCGCUAUGAAGUAAGUAAGAAGGAAGUGCAACAAUUAGAAAUUCCAGAAAAUAAAAUCAAUAUUUCUUAU